AAAUGAUGGGAAGUUUUACGCAAUUUGAUUGGUUGGUUGGUCUCCUACGGCAGGACCGACGAGUGAAGGUUGUAUGAUAAAACUGCAGAAUUUCGAGAUGCGAUAAUAUACUCUCGUGUGAAGGAUGCGCAAUGAGCGCUCGUGGCUAUCUAUGGAAGGGUCAGGACUCCUGACAAUCAGAGAGCUUCAGUCUACAGCAGAGACCAGAAGACGUCCCAGAACACAGAGACCAGCAUGAGGCUUCCUAUGCGCUGGGCAGCACACAGACGUGUGUUGGCGGCAGCUGUCGUGGUUUUCCUUGGCCUGGUCUUGGUCUCUAUGCCAAUGCUGAGCACAGGACCAAUCAAACCUGUAGAGUGGGUCGUCAACCCUGCGCAUAGAAAGCUGGUGCAUGAAUAUGUGCAGAGAGUCUUGGAGAGUCAAUGUCGCCCUGGCAGCACCAGACAGAGCUUGUUAGCUCAACUCCCUGCUUCCAGUCACAAUGUCCAGCCUUUCCUGUGGAAAGACGAACCGCUGACCGCUGACCUUUUCUUGUAUCCCCCGCCGUUUGGGUUCAGAGGUCUUCAGAGCAAAGUAGCGGAGCUGCAAAAACUGCUACCAGCCUCUGACUCACCGCAGCCUGAGAAGGCUGCAAGUAAAUGUCAGCGCUGUGUGGUCGUGGGAAAUGGAGGCAUUCUCAAAGGCCUGGAGCUUGGCCCGCUGAUUGACCGCUUUGACACCAUUAUCAGGUUAAACCGAGGUCCACUGGGAAAGUUCAGCACUGACGUUGGGAAUCGAACCACCAUCAGGAUGAGUUACCCAGAGGGCACGCCUCUUAGCUGGGCUGACACAGACCCAGACACUCUGUUUGUGACGGUGGUGUAUAAAAGCGGAGACAUCACCUGGACCUCUGCUAUGAUCAACCAGCUCUCUGUGCCUCUGUGGGACUGGUUAUUUUUCUGGCAGAAGGUUCCAGAUAGAAUCCCUCUUAAAGCCAGCAAGUUCAGACUUCUAAACCCACACGUGAUCAGAGAGACUGCACUGGACCUCCUGAAAUAUCCUCUUCCCAGGCCACGCCUGUGGGGCUGGGACCAGAACAUUCCCACUCUAGGUGUGUCUGCGCUGACUCUAGCUAGCCUGCUGUGCGACGAGGUCAGCCUGGCAGGCUUUGGCUACAACCUCUCCCAGCACGGGGCGCCACUGCACUACUAUGACCACCUGCCUAUGAGCGCCAUGCUGGAGCAGAGCAUGCACAACGUGAACAGAGAGACUGAGCUCCUGCAAAGACUGGUGAGAGAGGGGACCAUCACUGACCUGACAGGAGGGAUCCACUGCUCCUACUGCCACAGCUGACCCACCACAGCCUUCUAGUGCAGAGCACUUCCUUUUUGUGGUGUGAACAUUUUCAUAUCCUCUCUGCGGCACUGAAAAGAAGUCAAACAAGAGUUACCUGAUAUUUUUAACAAAACGCUUUAUGAAGAACUGAUUUGUGUUUAAUGAGAAAGGGCCUUGAACUGCAGUCUUGUGUCUUUGCUCACACACACGUGUGGCAAAGCUUCCAGUUUGUAAUAACUGUGAUUCUCAUCAGGAUUGCAUCAGGAGUUUCUGAGUAUUUCCAAUCCAAUUUUUUUUUAUAAAGCACAUUAAAAUACCCAGCACAGGACCAAAGUGCUGUACAGAAAAUAAAUUAAAAACAAUAGAAUAACAGAAAACAGCAAAAAUAAAUAAAUAAAACACAUAAUUCGUAAAAAUUAAAACAGCCCUAUCUUAAAAAGAGUAAAAGUAAAAUAAAAAUAAAAAUAGUAUUUGAGUUAUUUUUAGUUGUGGAACAUGACCAGUAACUAGUAAACAGUGUUAUUUGGUAUCGUGGUUAUCAUGAUUGUUCUGAUGUAAGUUAAAAUUAUGUUUGUACAGCAGUAAAUUAUCAGUGGAACAAAAUGAAUCUGUAUUCAGUUGCACAGAUUGGACCAAGGUGUCUUCAGCUUAAGCUGUUUUUAACAGAUUCACUUAGUUGUGAUAUUGAAACGGCCGCUUCGCUGCUCUUCCCAAGUGGCUGUUCUUUGAUAUCUGGGUUGAAAAUAAAAUGUGACUUAUAAUUUUUAUUUUUUAAUAUUUCUACAUCGUUGUAGUUUUAUUCGACUCAUUUUUAUGUGUCACAUUGUGCAACCAUGCUCACAUCCUGUGUCAGUCUGCAUUAAUAAAGUCCAAGAAAGAAGAA